AUGUCACGAAAGUUUGAUCUCAAAACCAUUGCAGAUCUUUCAGUAUUGAUAGGUACGGGACUUUCGCUUUACUACUUGGUGAGCAGAUUACUGAACGAUGUUGAGACCGGGCCCCUAUCAGGAAGAUCUAAAGAAUCCAAAAACAGACAAAUACUUCAAUGGCAAAAACUGAUUGAAAAAAAGCCUGAACUUUCCCAGGUAGAUUUGAACACCUACGAAAAGACAAUACUCUCCUCCGUAGUCACGGCAGAUGAAAUAAAAGUCAAUUUUCAAGAUAUUGGCGGAUUAGAUAACAUUGUUGCUGACCUGCACGAGAGUGUGGUAUACCCCUUAAUGAUGCCAGAAGUGUAUACUAAUAAUCCCCUUUUACAAGCACCUAGUGGCGUUUUGUUGUACGGUCCCCCCGGGUGUGGAAAAACAAUGCUGGCGAAAGCUCUGGCAAAAGAAAGUGGGGCCAAUUUCAUUUCGAUAAGAAUGUCAUCCAUAAUGGACAAAUGGUACGGAGAGAGUAACAAAAUUGUUGAUGCCAUGUUCUCUUUGGCAAACAAGAUUCAACCCUGUAUGAUUUUCAUCGAUGAGAUUGAUUCCUUUUUAAGGGAAAGAGCUUCGACAGAUCACGAAGUUACGGCAAUGUUAAAAGCUGAGUUCAUGACAUUAUGGGAUGGCCUACUGACAAGUGGACGUGUAAUGAUCGUAGGUGCUACAAAUCGUAUCAACGACAUAGAUAGUGCUUUUUUGAGAAGGUUGCCCAAAAGAUUUCUCAUACCGUUACCGAGAAAAGAAGAACGUCUCAGAAUUUUGGAAGUCCUUCUGAAAGAUACCAAAACUGAUAAGAGAGAAUUCAGCAUGGAGACUAUUGCUUUACACACCAAUGGAAUGUCAGGGUCGGAUCUGAAAGAAUUAUGUAGGGAAGCUGCUUUAACAGCCGCUAGAGAGUAUAUUAAGGUUAAAAGAGAAUAUAUGGCAAAGGGCAAUGAUGCAAUGGAUGCCUCUCCGAUUGAAAUGAGACCAUUGAAGACAUCGGAUUUUCCUUUAAAAAUGGAUGCGCAACAAUCUUUGCAGUCGAUGUCAUUGGAUUGA